AAUUCUUGUCAAUCGAACCAAUCGCAUUAAUAGAAAAUCAAAUUAAUUUGGUUGAAAGUGAAAUUCGAUAAAUAACCAAAAAUUCUUAGCGUGAAAAAAAGUCGAAAAAAUAUGGCUGAACAAAUGAAAAAAAUUCCCGAUCAUCUAAUCAAUUGUAAUCCAGGACCGGCUCGUAUUCCAUAUGAAAUUUUACGUCGUGCCCAAGAUGAAUUAAUCUAUUAUCAAGAUACCGGAAUCAGUGUUAUGGAAAUGAGCCAUCGUUCACCGGAAUUUGAAAACAUUAUACGUACGGCGGAGAAUUUAUUUCGUGAAAUAAUGAACAUUCCCGAUAACUAUCGAGUAUUAUUUCUACAUGGUGGCGGUACAGCACAGUUUGCAUCAAUACCAUUAAAUCUUUGUCCAGAAUUAAAAAGUUGCAAAGUUAAUUAUGCUGUUACGGGAACAUGGUCAGAAAAGGCGGCUAAAGAAGCAGAAAAAUAUUGUCAUGUUAAUCGUGUCACGCCAAAACUUGAUAAAUUCACCACCAUACCUGAUGUUUCUACUUGGAAGAUAGAUCCUGAUGGUAAAUAUUUAUUCUAUACCGAUAAUGAAACGAUAGCUGGUGUUGAAUAUCAAUUCAAAGUUCAACCAUUCUCUGAUACAAUGCCGGUUGCUAUUGAUAUGACAUCAAAUUUUCUUUCACGACCAGUCGAUGUUUCCAACUAUGGUGUUAUUAUUGCUGGUACACAGAAAAAUGUUGGUAUUGCUGGUCUAGCUAUUGUUAUUGUUCGUGAUGAUUUAAUUGGUAAACCUAUGUCGAUAUGUCCAACAGUACUGGAUUAUACAAUAUUGAACAAAAUGAAAUCUCUUUAUAAUACACCACCAUGUUAUCCAAUCUAUAUGACAAUGUUAUAUCUACAGUGGAUUAAAGAUCAAGGUGGUCUUGAUGUAAUGGGUGAUCGUUCCGAUCAACGAGCAAAAUUAAUCUAUGAUGUUAUUGAUCAAUCCAAUGGUUUCUAUUUUAAUGGUGUUGAUCCGAAUUGUCGUAGCCGUAUGAAUGCAGUAUUUCGUAUCGGUGGUAACAAUGGUGAUGAACAGUUGGAAAAACAAUUUAUACAGGAAUGUAAAGAACGUAAAAUAAUUGGCAUCAAAGGACAUCGUUUAGCUGGUGGUAUACGUAUUUCGAUGUUCAAUGGAAUGCCUGUUGAAGAUGCAAAAUUUAUUUCCGAAUUGAUGAUUGAAUUUAUGGAACGCAAUCGAAAAUAGUUUUUUAUUUGUUGAUCUUUUUUUUGUUGCUGUUUCUUUUCAGUGCAAAUAUUAUGCUGUUAACCAUCAAAACCAAUAAAGAGCUUAUUAAUGAAAUAAAGGAAAAAA